GAAACAAAAUGUCUUAUUUUACACCCGAAGCAGUCACGGCUUAGCCCGUUUCCAUGGUUUCCACGUUUUAUUUGAAAAAAGAGAGAAAUAAAACCUUGGAGGAAAGAGCUGCUGGUAAUGUACGCUCUGUGCUCCAGUCAUCUGAGCUGCUGUCAGUGUGGCUUUAGCCUUACCCCACAGCUGGGUUAUCAGCAGCAGCAGGAGCAGCAGCCUGGAAAUUACACUCUGUCAUGGUCACAUGGGAACAGCGAUAGAAUAAAGCACACAUACAUAAACUACACACGCACACACACACACACACACCCACAGAAGUGACAGUGUCUGUAUUAUGUGGAGAACCAUUCCUGUACACGCCUUUAUCUUAGACCCUUCUGUGUGUGUGUGUGUGUGUGUGUGUGUGCGUGCGCGCACACGUGCGUUUUCUGUGUGUGUAAAAAGGAGGAGGUGUCUUGAGGGAAGUUGUGCAACACGUGAAAAAAAACUUUCCCUGGUUGUCCUUCUCUCUCACUUGUGUGUCAGCUGUCAGGAAGGGAAGUUGACUAGACUCCCUCUAUGGCCCCGAGUGAGCGAGAGCAAGCAGCGGGAGAGCUGAGCAAAGCAUUGUGGGGGAAAUUCCUACCUGCAUGAGGGGCGGUGAACAGGUGCAUUGGACCGCUGUGUGAGAAUGAGUCAGCAAAACGCAGGGAAAGGAGAAUAAGGACGUGGACGCUCUCUCUGCUAGAAAGGCGUGUGCACUCGCUGUUUGUCAGAGUUCUGCUCCGAAAUCCGAAACGGCUAUCUGUGGAGGAAAGGACACUGCCUACCUACACCGCACCUGUGUAUACACUUGGAAAAGGACUGGGUUUCUCUCUCUCUCCCCCUCCCCCUCCCUCUCUCUCUCUCUCCCCCUCCCCCUCCCUCCCUCUCUCUCUCUCCCCCUUCCUGUCUCUCUUGAUUGGCAUGCCGUGUGGGCGGGAGACUGCUGGACGCUCCAGCGCUGGCCGGGGUGGAGACUGAGCUGCCGGAGGUGUGAAAUGAAACGGGCGCGGCUGGUUGUUUGCGCCGCAGGCUCUGUUGCGUCUCCUCGCUCUCGUCCCGCGGGCGUGUGCAUCACAGACGGCCGUUACGCGGACCGCCCGAUCGCCUGAGGACUGGGAGACAGCGAGACCGUCGCCUGCAGACUUUCAGUCUGCCCGUCUCUGUCUCUCCCCGCCUGUCAGAGCGAUACCAAACCCAAGGACCGGAUCCUCGCAGGUCACGCAGGACGCCCGUCGCCUUGAUAGUUCUGCGACCUGCGCCGCUGAGACCGAGCGCUGCAGCGUACGCCGCCUGGCGCCCGUUCCGUUCCCUCGCCCCGGCCGGAGCGUCACGGAUACGAGGAGGAGGAGGACUUGGAAAUAAAGAGUGAGCGCGGCCACCAGCCGGGGAGCCGGGGGCGGGAGCCUGUUCCACGGACCGCUCCGUCUGCAUCGAGUCAUCUCCUCCGUCUGCGGCUUGACUGGGUCCCCCCCCACAGGAGCUGCUCUCGAAAGGCUGAUCAAAGGGUCUUACGCGUGAGAGAACUGGGGGAGAGAGAGAGAGAGCGAGAGACAGAAAUGAGCUUGCACGCUAAUCUUGGGAUUUGAGAUUUUGGCUGCGGGUUUUUGAAGUGACAUCCUGUCUGCUAAAGGAAGGCUCGUACUCGAGGAUUCUGACUGCCGUCUCCCCAUUAGCUGCUUUCCCUUCAGAGGAGCAGCCCUGGUCUUUCUUCCCCCUCCUGUUCUGUCGAUGAACCUGUGUGUUUGUGCGUGUGCCUGUCUGUCCUUGCGGAGGGGAAGCAGAGGUUGUUUGUGCGUGCGCGGGGAGCAGACCGAGGCCUGGUCUCUCCCGGGGGGGUUAGAGCCGUGAGUCAGUGUGUGUGUGUGCGUGUGUGUGUGUGUGUGUGUGUGGAGCGGGUCGGGGGCGGCGCAGGAAGGCUUACAUCAUAUCUGCGAGCGGGUCUGACGCUGGUCUCCUCCGCAGCGUGCACACGCCGCGCGAGGGGGACGCAGGAGCCCGCCGUUUUCCGCUCGCGCGUCCCCCGUCGACGGGCGCCUGUCCUCUUCGCCAUUUACGCGAGGGGGGGGUCAGUCGACGCGUUUCUCUGCUCUUUCCAUUUUGCUUAUGAGCAGAAGGGGGUAAAGUUGAGCCGUAAUCAGCUUAUGGAGCGCAGGAAUUCUCUGGCACCUGCUUGGUCUGGGGUGGGAGCAGAGCUUUUGUGUGUGGAACAACCCCCGCUGGAUAACCCGAAGAAUGGGAAUUUCACAGCCUUAAGAGUGUAGAGCAGCAGUACAAAGCUGAAAGGGGACCUUGCAGGUCUGAAAACCGCGUUUUUGGGAAGGACUUGCCGCUGCUCUCGGUUUCGGGUUUUGUGGCCGUUCAUUUGCACCUGUUAGGAGUGAGUUUCUGUGGAAACCCCCAGGGCAGAGUUUCAGGUAGGGGCGGCUGCCACUGAGGGCUGCGGCGGAGCGACUAGCCUGUUGUCUGCACAACAGGAAGAGGCGGUGGAGGAGGUGGGGGAGGUGCAGCAGAUCUGGAGGGAGAUCGGCGAGGACUGAGUGCUGAUGGGAGGAUCUCCUGAGGCGAGGCGGAGGGACCCCACCGCUCUGACGGGCUCAGGAAGUGCGGCGUAGAGCCCAGUCCCCGGCACCUCUUCGCCACGCGCGUGCGCAAGGGCGUCCUGCAUCUGCGCACGCUUAUCUGUAGAGCACUGAUAAAACGGAAACUGAGAGCUGAGCUUGGAGGAGGAGAAACUUCGGUAUCAGUCGGCAGUGGAAGAAAGAGGAGAAGGAAGAAAGAGCAGGAGGAGGAAGAAAGCCGAGCUUUGUCUUUCUGUGGAUCGAGGAGCAGAACAAGCAGUCUUUUCUCUGAACUGGGCACAGCACCUGACAAAAACAGGUGUGUUUCUGUGUCCCCUCCCCCCGUCCUGCUGUCCCCGCCCUCAGGGGGCCGGCCCGGAUUCGUGAGGGGUCAUCAGAGCCUGCCCUCUCCGGGGCCUGACAGACCAGCCUCCACUCUCUCUGACGACUUGCCUCUCCACUCACACCUGCCAAGAUGAUGGAGGAAGUGUCUAUCACGGUGGCCUAUGACGCCCACGUCAUCAACCAGGUCUCCGAGGAGGACUUCCUGGCCAGCCUGGUGGCUGACUCCAAACCCAAACCCGUGGUGCCCACCAAGAAACUGAAGAAGUUUGAGAAGGAGUAUCUGUCUCUGCGAGAGAGCCAGCUUCAACAGGAGGACCCCAUCGACAGGUACCAGGUGUGUUUAGAGGGCUGCACUGAAGCAGGCCAGAUCGCGCCGCUCACUGACAGAGAGGAGAGGUGAAAGGGGCUUUAGGAGUCGAGCGCAAAUACUUUUGCCCUCCAUCGUAUCGAAAAAUGGAGAAAGAGUCAGUACUGAAGUUUUUCCUGGUUGUUUUUUAAAAUCUUUUUAUUUAUUUAUUUUGACUCCGUUUUGUCUCUUGAACUGAGACAUGCUUGAUUGAUUUGGCCUUCAGAUACAUCUGAUAUACCUCACUGUUUGUAAUCUGACCUGAAGUAGUGUUUAGAGGGUCUUUAAGGCUACAAUGUUUACGUACCAAGGUUGGUUGUACUUUUUUCUUGAGGACAAAAGCAGACAUAUUGGUUUUUUAAACUGACGAUGAAACGUGCUGCCUUUUCUGUUGACUUGUUAUGGUGAAUUUUAUACAGUUCUUUUGCAUCGAUUGUUUCAGUCUCAGUCCUCCUCACCUCCUUAUCCAGUUGUUGUUUGAGUUCAGACAUUUUUCAUUUGGGAAUCUGUUUGACUUUGAAAUAAUGUGUCAACAAUGAAUCUGUCAUUUUAAUCUGACUUUUAUUUUAAUAUUGUUCUGUAUGUUUGUGUGUUUUGACAAAUAAAAAUAUAUUUUUUUACUUUUAAAAGAACUCACAGUGAAGUUUAUAUAAUAUUGAAGUUUAUAUUUCAUGGAUCUAAGAAUCAUGCUGGGUUUGCCGAUUAGGAUUCAUCUGGCCUUGAAACAUGCAGGGUACCUUCACUGGAAUCCAAAUGUGUGAAACCACGCAUUACUCUAACUAGGAGCUCUUUUACACAGUAGCUCCUCUUCGAACCCCUGUACGUGUCGCUCCUCCCCCAUCCACACCGUUCAGCCAAUCAGCAUGUGAGGGCGGUGGCCAUGGUGACAGGGGGAUGACUGGUGCGGGAGCCUGGGCAGUGAGCAGUCCUGUUGUGCAUGUGGGUGUUGUGUUUGGAGCUGCAUGCCUGUGUUGUGGCUCUGUGUAGGCAGCGGUGAGAGAAGGUAAGCCUCCAUUUCCCAGCAGCCAGUGCAACGCUGUUUAAGACAGGCCCUACCUGCUUUGCGCUACUCGACUCUGCCAGGUUCACCAGUGCUUUGUGUGCGUUUUCCUUAGUGUUUGUGCUGCUUUUUAUAGUCUUGUCUUAUUGUUGUUUUGGAUUUUCGCUUUGUUUGAUAUAAGGCGUGCGAGUGUGCUUCAGGGUGGAUGGUUUGUUCUUGUUUAGCCCGGUGGAUAAACAGUUGUGUCACUGUUCUGGCUCCUUGUCUUUAUAUUUUAGAAGAGAUCCUUGACCUUUAAACACACCGGCACAGGGCUGUGUCCGUAAACUUUCGGAGUGCUCACGUCCACUCGUGUUACUGAAAAACCCUCCUCUCUAGACCUUUGGAUGGUUCACCCAGACCAUUGGUUCUGAACCCUGGUCCUGGUGGGCUACAGUUCCUGCUGGUUUGAUUCACUGAAUGGAUUAGAUCAACAGUGACCCCUGUUCAGCUGUGUAAUAAUAUAUACAAUAACCACUCAUUUUGUAUAGAGAGGAGCAAAGUGAUUUUCUUUGAUUUUCAUAUGAGUAAGUGAUUUUUUAAUCAGUCUGGCUGUAGGAUUUUAUCUGCGUAUCCAGAUCCACGUGGGCAAGAUGAUGAUGUGUUAAGACUAGGGCAGGGGACUUGGAAUUAAAACUCAGAAGAAGAGCUUUAAAGACCUCCAGGGUGUUUUUGUUCAUUCACGUCUCCCUUCUGCCAGUGCCUGCGAAGUGAAGCGGUGUCAUGUGAUUUCCCUUGGAGCCUGGAGAGGGUCAGAUGAUAAGAGUUUGUGUUCUGAGGGGCAUUUACAGCAGUGAGAACUAGAAGCUGUUGGAAGUAAAUGGCACAGAAACACACGGCAGGAUGUGUAGUGAGACGGGUGUGUGAAGUGUCCCAGACGUGCCUGCGAACAUGAUUACCUCCGAUCUUUGGUCCUUUUUAGGGUUCGUUUUAUUUUCCCAUAAUGAAUUCCACCGUGACUGACACACUCAUAAUAUAAUCGUAUGUCACUGGGUGGAGGUAGCGUGGAGAUUUAUUUGACAGUUUUGAAUGUCGCUAACAUGGCAAUGCCUGGUAGUAAUCCUUCGCCUUUUGGCAUUGAUGGACAGAUGACACUUAAAUAAAUGAAAUUAUAUUUAUUUUAUAGAUGGCUGUUAGGUAAUGUUCGGAUAUUAUGGUUAGUUUGACAGACUUGUUUGUCAAAAUCUCCCUGUGUCAUAUUGACAUACAGGUUUUUUUUUUUUUUUUUGCUGUGAUCAUGAUGUACUGACAAUCAGCUAUCAAAAUUAAGAGAUAUAAACCAGUAUACAGGUGGAUUAGUGCCUGCAGUAACGCUGAGUUAAUCUCAGAUUUGCUGCUUAGAUUCAUAAACUCAACUAUUGCGUAACGGCUCGAAAGACAUAACUGACCAUUUACAUACAACAGAAAUAAACAGAACCAUGCUUUUGAUCUUCAUUACCAAGCGUAAUGGCUUUUUGUCCGUUUUGAAAUGUGUACAGAAAACUGGCGCACCGUGUGCAUGUCAGUGUGUUUGUUGCGGCAUUGAGGUGUGCAUGUUUCGGCUCUGUGACUGUGUAUGUGUGUAGGUGCAUACACUGUGUGCUAACAACUGUGCGCUCACAGGUAAGCGAUCGGUAUGUACAGUAUCCAGCACUAGGUGAGUCGCUGCUGUGUGUGCACUGUGGGUUCAGUCUGCUCUGUUCCGGUCUGUUCUCUAGCCGUUCCACCCCAGGACAGCAGAAGCAGCCGUUCUCUGUGUGUUAGCGUGCAGCAGUUGCCAUCGCUUGCCCUCUGUUCGGCCCUCUUGGGUCUUCUGUGUAAAUGUUCCUGGUAUGUCGGCAUGUCUUUACCCGACGUGUGAAUGGUGCGUAACACAAAUGGAGCCAUAUUUGCGUUCCUUUGCUGAAACGCACCUGUCCUUCAGCGUAGCUCAGAGAGAGGUUGACCCCAGCGCCUGGUUUGUGUCUGUCCGUUUUCCCAGAGGGAGAACCGGAGGCUGCAGGAGGCCAGCAUGCGUCUGGAGCAGGAGAACGACGACCUGGCCCACGAGCUGGUCACCAGCAAGAUCGCACUGAGGAACGACCUGGACCAGG